AAAUUCACCAAAAUGUUUAGAAUAGCAAAAAAUGUGAACGUCUCUAUCAUCAACUCCGUGAAUUGGUAUUCUCGUUGUUUUUCGAAUAUUCCACAGUUACAUGUGAGCGAAGAGGUUAGAAACGCGUUGGAAAGUAAUAAACCGGUGAUCGCGUUAGAAUCUACCAUAAUUACGCAUGGCAUGCCCUUUCCUCAGAACGUGGAAUGUGCUAAAGAAGUAGAAAAUAUUGUCAGGGAACAGGGUGCCACGCCGGCGACCAUAGCCAUAAUAAAUGGCCAAAUUAAAGUCGGAUUGACCGAAUUCGAAAUUGCCACCUUGGGAGACACCAGCGUGAGCAAGCCCAUAAAAACGUCCAGACGCGAUUUUUCCUACGUGAUCAGCCACAAACUUAACGGGGGAACCACUGUCUCCGGAACAGUUCUUGUCGCCAACAAAGUUGGAAUACCCAUUUUCGCCACUGGAGGAAUUGGAGGUGUCCACAGAGAAGUGAACGAAACCUUUGAUGUGUCAGCUGAUUUGAUUGAGUUGGGGAAGAGUAACAUUGCUGUUGUAUCUAGUGGUGUUAAGUCCAUUCUAGACAUACCUAAAACUUUAGAGUAUCUAGAAACACAUGGAGUUUUCGUAGCUACUUUUGGGGACUCCAAAGACUUUCCAGCUUUCUACACAACAAAGAGCUCUUACAAAGCCCCCUACAAUGUAACAAGUUCACUGGAGGCGGCGAAGUUGAUAAAAGCCAAUAAGGAUCUACAAAUUGAAUCAGCAAUGCUGUUUGCAGUCCCAGUACCACAAGAGUACUCCCUAGAACCCGAAAUAAUCGAUGAGGCGAUUGACGAAGCUCUCUAUUUAGCCAAAAAUAAGUUUAACAUUUCUGGCAAGGAGAUAACCCCUUUCAUUCUUUCCCAAGUGGCAAAAAUCACUGAAGGAAAGUCCCUUAAGACCAACAUUGCACUAAUUAAGAACAAUGCGAAAAUCUCCGCUUUAAUAGCUUCGGAAUUGGGGCGUCUUGAAGAUGAAACCGUUGGAACAAGCUCAUCGAGGCCAGUGAUCAUAGGUGGUUCCAACCUGGACACAAACGUGAUCCUGGACAUCACAGACAUUAAGCAAGACGGCCGUAUUCACUUCGGGAAGUUCAGAGACGAGGCGGGCGGCGUGGGGAGGAACCUCUGCGAGUCGCUGUACAAACUGGGAUUCCCCGCCGACUUUAUCACCGCCCUAGGAUGCGACGAGUCCGGACAUUUUUUGAGACAGUCCAUCCCUGAGGAGUGCACAAAUUGCAUCCACAUGAUCCCGGACCAGGGCAGUGCUAGGUGCAUCAUUGUUUUCGACAAAAAUAGGGACUGCAAGUUCCUGCUGGGGGACGUCGACAUACAUAAACAACUCAACCCAGAUGUUGUGAUGGCAAAUGAGGAAAAGCUGAAAGAUGCGCCGCUGAUUGUGAUGGAUGCUAAUUUAUCGUUGGAAGCUAUGGAUAAAAUUUUGGAAAUUGCUCAAAAAUAUAAAAAGCCAGUCUUUUAUGAGCCAACUGACGUCGAAAUCUCCACGAAACCAUUCCUAACAAGUCACGGAAGUGCCGUUAAGUUCAUCACUCCAAACUUAGCCGAGCUAAAAUACAUCGCUUCGCAUUUCAACAUAAUUGUGGACGAGAAAUUAACGAAAUUAGAACAAGUAGCGACGAUAGCGAAGCAACUAGGCAAUCAUGUGGAAAAUUUGAUUGUUACAUUAGGUGAAGACGGCCUGGUGAUCGCCAGAAAGGGCCUCGCCAACGAACCUUUUGGAAAACAGUCUUCCCAAGAAGUUUUGGUCAGACAUUACCCAGUUACAAAAGUGGAAAACAUUGUAAACGUUAGUGGUGCUGGUGACUCCUUGGCAAGCGGAAUGAUUUGUGGAAUUUUGACCGGACUUAGCGAAGAAGUUUGUGUAACUGUUGGAGUGGAGGCAGCUAAAACGGCGUUGAAAUCUCAAUCAACAGUUGCUAAAGAACUUUUCGACAGGACGCACGCAAGUUGGAAUAAAAAAUCUCAAUACAUCAAUUUAUAAAUGGUUUAAAAUUUUAAGAAUUUAUUUUUAUACUGAA